AUGGCCGCAACACGAGAAUCCCAAGACAGGAACGAGCUGUUCCAGAAGCUGAAACCAUGUUGUGUUCGGAUAAGCCAGAUCGCGAUCCGCGAGGGACCGGUUCCUGCGGCAUCUCACGAGCUGCUCGAUGCGACCAAUGAGCUCCUGGCCAUUCUCGAGGAGCAGAUGCAGAACCAUCCACUUUCUCUAGAUGAGAAGCUCGCCGAGUACAUCUUCUUUCCGCUUUACCACAUCUUCCGCCAAAUGGACCAGUACCCUAUGUUAUUGGUUGAGAAAUGCGUCAAGUGCCUUCACAUCCUCAUCACCUUCGGCUGGAAAUCCAAAAUCUCAUCCAAGCUCGCGCAGCAGAUACUGAGCCUCCUUGUCUUUAUCAUUGAUGGAGUGCCCGGGUCGCAAGCAACGCGGGAGGUUCCCGAGGAGACGAUCCUGGAAACCUUUCGCGCCCAGACCGCCUUGUUCAACACCGCCGCAACCUCGCUGGACGCAGUGUCGGGUCUGGCGGAUCAAGAGUCGAUCCCCAUUUUGGGCCAUGCCAUCACUGUCAUGCUCCAAGGAGUCACGGACGGUGCCAACCCCCAGAUACAGAGUGAGGCUUUACGGAGCUUGCAGGGUGUCUACUCGGCUCUCAAAGAGCAGGAAGCUCUGGCAAGCUUCCUGCCAGGAAUCGUCUCAUCCCUUACCAAGGUUCUAUCUACUCCGAACAGGUAUAAAACACACGUCCUGUCAACCUGUCUAGAAACGGUGCAGCUGGUCUUGACGAAGGUGCUCGGUGAUCUGAGGACGCGAAGCAUUCUCGCUCAAGAACAGGGUCAAUCAGCAGACGAAAGGGACGACAAGGGCAAGGUGCUGACACCUGCAUGGCUUCAAGCUACCACAUCCCAGGCAAAACUGGCCCUGUCUACGGUAGUAAAGCUCCGCACGCAGGACGCCCUCAAGGUCCGGGAGGCUCUCGAGCGGCUCUGCAUCACCUUACUUGACGAAUGCCACACGACCUUGGCGAAUUGCACGAACAUCCUUAUAGAGACUGCCAUUAUACUCGACAGUGGAGACGAUACGAUACUCGCUCAACAAACAACGCUCCGGUAUUUGGCAAACAUUUACCCAGAGCUUGGGGAGGUCAUCAAAACGACAGUAUACAACUGGAUGUCAAGCCUGCCACGGAUAAUGCAAGUCAGCGACGAUGAUUCGAGAGUUACCGCGGUGCACAACUUGUCCAAGGGCAUAGGUCUACUCCAGAGCCUUGGCGUCGAGUCAGGGACGCUGGAGGACUCGAUCACAGCUUCAUUAAAGGACAGUAUGGUAGCACUUGUCCAGUCGUCUCCACUGGAAACCAACCCUACCACGAACCUCCAACUCCUUGAGGGCCCAGCACCAGAAAGCAGCACUGGGAAGCCCGACUUUGAACAAGUUCUUCUGGCUCGUCAGAGCCAAAAGGAACUACGGGGGGAAGUUCUAGGUCUCCUUGACAAGCUCGGCUCUGUGGCUCAGAAAGCCGCGAUUGCAGAAAACCUGAUGGAGUCUGUGCGCGAGUCAUCAGGGGCAGACCAACUUGCUGCAAUGUGGCUCUGCUACGAGCUGAUCAAGGCCUCCAAUGCAUCUUCCGCUGAAGCCGAAGCGUUCCUAGACUUGUCUUCAUUUGUUGAGCCAUCGUCGGAUGAUCCAGAGGCGGUGUUCCACGACCUCUACACAUUUUCUGUUCAGGUUCUCGACAGCCACACAGAGUCUAACGACGGUGACUGGCGCUUGGAAGCACUUUCUAUGGAAGUCACUGCGUAUGCCGCGCAUAGGAGUGGGAUAUCAUUUCGGCCGGAGCUCAUCGAUGUUCUCUUUCCUGUCGCCACUUUCCUUGGAUCCGACAAUCAGAACCUGCGAGAACACGCAAUUGCAACGCUCAACAGUAUAGCCACGUCAUCUCAAUACUCGAGCGUGUCUGAUCUAAUCGUCGACAACGUUGACUACAUGGUCAACUCGGUGGCUCUGCGGCUGAACACGCUCGAUGUCUCACCAGCAUCGAUGCAGGUGUUGCUCAUGAUGAUACGACUUGCCGGCGCACGGCUGAUACCCUUCAUGGACGACGUGGUGGACUCGAUAUUCGCAGCCCUGGAGAAUUACCACGGAUACACAUUCUUCGUGGAAAGCCUGUUUUCAGUCCUGAAAGAGGUCGUCGACCAAGCGUCCGGAACGGAGCAACGCUUACUGACCGACACGGAACGUACCGUGGUGGACCACAAGAAGAAGCGGCCAACGGAGAAUGACACAGAUAGCCUUCUGGAUUUUUUGGACAAAAGAGCGGAACGAAGGGCUCGCGACGAAGCGGAGCGUGCAACCGGGAAGCCAAUCGAGGGCCAUCCCAAAGUACCCUGGGCAGAGGAAGCCAGCAAGGAUGGCGAGGAGGACGACGCAGGGCCCCCGCCAAGCGAGGAAAAGCCGUCUAGCUCUCCCACAUAUCAGCUUCUGCUUCGGAUCGCAACGCUGACGCAACACUAUCUCACGUCGCCCACGCCGAAGCUCAGGAGAUCACUGUUGGAGCUUCUCACGACCGCCUCUUCAGUUCUGGCCGGAGACGAAGAUUCUUUCUUGCCACUUGUCAACGCCGUGUGGCCCGUGGUGGUUGGCAGGCUGUACGAUUCCGAGACCUUUGUCACCAUCGAAGCCUGCCAUGCGUUGUCAGGGCUCUGCAAGGCCGCUGGAGACUUUCUAAGUUCGAGAUUCAGAACAGAAUGGGGUGACGGUCUGCGCGAUUGGUGCCGCAAGGCCAAGGAGAGGGCGACGACCGGCGCUCAAAGGGCUCGAGUCUCCAACUCCAGCACGGUCUCGGCCCAAGGUCGGGGCGAAGGAAUCCUCAUUCCCAUCCGGUCUGGUGACGGGCCGGGCGUCAAUGAAUCGGUGCUGGAGAUUCGCUCCAAGACGUCUGGCAGUCUUGGGCAACACGCAUCGCCGGCCAGGGUCUGGGAGGCUGUGGUACAGUUGUUGGCUGCAAUUGUGUCUUAUGUGAGCAUCGACAGCCAGAUGUUUGAUGACAUAUUGGACCUGCUGUCUGAUGUCAUGGAGAGGGAUCGGGAUGUAAUGGACGCACUCGAAACGAUCAACGCAGACGCAGUCUGGCUAGCACGGUAUGAGCGGGGAUACAUUGCGCCGAUGCCCACGCCAAAGGUCGACGGGUUUGAGUUUGAAGAGAUGAUGCAGAUGCCGCGACGGUAG